AUGUUUAAAGCAGCAGUCUUACUUUCUCAACAAUAUAAUAUAACAAUUGAUGGACAAUUCAUAGAUUGGCAAGUAGCACAAACUUAUGGCAAAACAAUAAAUGCUAUGAGUAGUACAUGUCAAGCCAUAUCUUCUUCUCAAAUUGUUGGUAUUGUAGGACCAACAUUGUCAAGAGAAACUCCUAUUAUUGCUGAAUUUGGUGAAAGAAUUGGUAUACCU